UGAGUGCCUUUUAUAACUUCUUGCAUGCUUUUAGGAUAUAAUGUUUUCAUAAUUACUAAAAACUUUAACUUCAAAUUCCGAUAAAACGUGUUUGCUUCAUAAACCAAUCAUACAAUCAAGAAAGGGUCGGCAUAUAAAAACUGAAUCGAAACUGGUAGGAUAUCAGAACUAAAUCAAAUUAAGGUGCUUGAUAUAGAGAGAAAUUGCCAAUUUGAACUCUGUAUUGGAAUUCAUUGAAAUUGUGUAGGAUUUCAUCUCACUAACAUAAAUAUGCAUUACCAUAUAUAAGAUCUCCAUCAUAAAAAGAAAAAAAUGGCUGCUGCUGAAGAGGAACUUGUUUGUACAAGUAACACUGACUAUCAGUUUGAUACAGUAAUUGGAUACAUUGAAGAUAUAAUUAUUGAUCCAAGCUUUUCAAAGCUACAACAUAAUUUUAUGGAAAAGCAUUAUGAAAAAUUUGAAGAAUGUGAAGAAAAUAAACUUGAAUAUAUAAAUGUAUUUAAUGCAUAUACUGAGUUAAUUGAAAGGCAGAUUGAAGCAGCCUUACUUAAACGAAUACCAGGAUUCUCAAUGAAAGACUUUCUUAAAGAUAUUACAAACAAACAAACAGAAUUAGAUGGUGAUGUAUUUGAUAUGUUGGUCAGCUUUACAGAUUUCAUUUCAUUCAAGGAAAUGUUUCUUGACUAUAAAGCGGCAAAAGAAGGACGCACACCGGAUUUGUCAAUAAAUUGCUCUAAAAAUGACUAAUAUUACACAUAAUUUUUAUUUUUUAUUAAGUUGUUUGUUUAUAAAAAUUGUACAUAUAAUUUAUUUCUUAUAAAAGGUUAUCAGUUUCAGUAAUAAAUUUUAUUAGCUUAA